CGUGCGGAGGAAGCACAACAUCUGCGGCCUGCGGUGACGUAAAUAGGCCGCGCGGAAUUUUGCUUCGUACACCUUCCCUAGGAAUGAAUCCUGGCCCAACAUUGUGAUGGUGCGCUGCAGUUGCGUGUUGUUCAGAAAGUAUGGAAACUUCAUCGAUAACCUAAGACUCUUCACCAGGGGAGGAAGUGGUGGAAUGGGAUACCCUCGUUUAGGUGGAGAAGGUGGAAAAGGUGGUGACGUCUGGGUUGUAGCCCAUAACAAAAUGACUUUAAAACAACUUAAAGACAAAUAUCCUCACAAACGGUUUGUGGCUGGAGAAGGAGCAAACAGUCGGGUUAGUGCACUGAAAGGCUCAAAAGGAAAAGACUGUGAAAUCCUUGUACCUGUGGGUAUUUCAAUAACUGAUGAAUAUGGUAAAAUUAUAGGAGAACUCAAUAAAGAGAAAGACAGAAUUUUGAUAGCUGAAGGAGGUCUUGGUGGUAAACUACUUACAAAUUUCUUACCUUUAAAAGGCCAGAAACGAAUAAUUCACCUCGACCUAAAACUUAUAGCUGAUAUAGGCCUAGUGGGAUUCCCAAAUGCUGGAAAAUCCUCCUUGCUAAGUCAGAUUUCUCACGCAAAACCUGUGAUUGCAGAUUAUGCAUUUACAACAUUAAAGCCUGAACUUGGAAAGAUUAUGUAUAAUGAUUUCAAACAGAUAUCAGUAGCUGAUCUUCCUGGUUUAAUAGAAGGAGCACAUAUGAACAAAGGAAUGGGCCACAAAUUCCUCAAGCAUAUAGAAAGAACUAAACAACUGCUUUUUGUUGUUGAUAUUUCUGGAUUUCAGCUUUCUCCCCAAACUCAAUACAGGACUGCCUUUGAAACCAUAAUACUUCUUACAAAAGAGUUGGAGUUGUACAAAGAGGAACUUCAGACAAAACCUGCACUCCUGGCAGUUAAUAAAAUGGACUUGCCAGAUGCCCAAGAUAAAUUUCAUGUACUGAUGAACCAACUCCAGAAUCCUAAAGAUUUUCUGCAUUUAUUUGAAAAAAACAUGAUUCCAGAGAGGACUGUGGAGUUCCAACAUAUCAUUCCUAUCUCUGCAAUUACGGGAGAAGGAAUUGACGAGUUAAAGAGCUGUUUGAGGAAAUCUCUGGAUGAACAUGCCAACCAUGAAAAUUAUGCAUAUCAUAAGAAACAGUUGCUUAAUUUACAGAUUUCCAAUACAGUAACUUAUAGCGAGCUACCAUCAAAGAAUGCUGUUACCAGUUCCAGAAUGGACAUAAUUUAAAUCUGUUUAAAAUGAUAUUGAAAGUGUGUUCAUUUGAAAUCUUUUCCACAGACUGUAUUUUUUAGAAUGUUAUUGCUAACCUUCUGGUAUAUAUGCCAUUAUUUGAGAACCGUAUCUUCUUAGAGUGUUUUGUAGUUAAGUGUAUCAACAGUAUAGUAAUUGAGAACUAAAAAUGAUAGUUUAUAAUUUUAUGGCCAAUCCACCUAUAAGAAAAACCUCUGAUAUUCCUGUACUUAUUAUGUCUCUAGUGAGUCAUUUUUUUUUUUUUUAAUAUAAAAGGAUUUCUAGAGUAUUAUGAGAAUGAGCAGCUAGGUUUUGUUUGAUUUUGAGUCUAUCAUUACCUGGUUCUACUAAAUAUAUAAUCUCAUUUUUAGAAAAUCUCAAACCCCUAAAUUUGAACAUAUGUUCAGCGAUAAUAAAGAUCACUGAUAAUGUUUAACAGAAACCAGCAAAUAAUUAUUUGUGGUUUCAGCUUUUGGAAAUUUUUCUUUCUUAACUAUAAGAGUAUUUCUUCCUGCUUUGGAACAGACUGACAUAUUAUGUAUCUCAUUUUCUUAUGUCCUAGUCAUUUUUAUUGUCUACUUUCAUAUUUUAGUAAAGAGAAUAGGAAGUGCUAACUUUAAACAAUAUUAUCAGUCAUCAACAUAUUCUUAAAGUAUAAUUUCUAAAUUUCUGACUAAGUUUUAAAAAUACAAAUUGGACUUUUUCUCUUAAUGAGUUUUAUUAUAAAAUAUACAAGUUUGUUUUAAAAAAAGUAAAAUUUAAACAGUACAAAGGCAUAUAAAGUAAAAACAAAUUCCCAUCUUUCUGCAUUAGGCCCUCCAUGCCUUUCCAUACAAAACCACUGUUAAUAGUUUUCUAUGUUCUUGCAGAAUUUUUUUAGUUAUGUAUCUUUUUACCCCAAUGAGUUUAUUACAUAAACCUUUUCCAAGUCUGUUUAUUUUUUUAACAAAAUAGUAGCAAGUUAAUGAACUUUUAAUAAUUAUCCUUCAAUGCUGCUUUUUAAAUUAUUAGGAAUUGUUUUGCAAUUUAAGGCAUAAGGAAAUCAUUUCAUAUGCCUGUAUUAAAAAUAAUGUAAGUAUUCUACUUAAAUUUCUUCUGAUAUGACAUCGUGAGUGACUUUUUACAAGCAUUAUUUCACUUUUAUUUGUUCUGUUGUUCCCCACUCCUCCCUCUCAUCUCAGUCCCCAGAUCACUGGCUUCUUUUUUUCUCCCCCCUCAUUACACAGGUAUGUAUUGAGUGUCUCACUUGUACCAGGCACUGUGUGGGGCGCUGCAUGUGCAGUGUCAAACAGACGGGACCUGCUGCCCUCAUGGAUCUCACAUUCGAUAGCAGAAACUGCAGGGAAUAAGAAUAGCUUGGUUUUAUUUGACAACAAAGGAAUAGGAGUGAGGAAAGUAUUGGAAUUUGAAUAUCUGUACUGAUGAUAGUGAUCAUAUUUUGUAUUGGGUAUGUUUCAUAUUUAUGACUUCAGAGUCAUUUCUCUUUUUUACUUCUGUUAUUUCCUAAAUAUAAACAAGUAACAAUAUAAGGACAGUUGUAUCAGGUGAAUUUCUGAAGUUCUGAGCCCAUAAUUUUAUUCUCCGUUGUGCCAAAAGAUAGUAGACAUAUAUCAAGGAUUAAGAGGAGUUGGAUCUUAUCUGCUCUGUCAGUAACGCUACUCUACUACUAACUGAAGCAUUUUAUGUAACUCACUAAAAUGUUCCAUUAUUUGUAUUAUCUAGUUACCAAAAGUAUACUUUAUGUACCUUUUUCUGAUGGUUGAUUUUUAUUUGAAACAAAAGGAGAAAAUCUGGUUUCUUUUUUUAUUUUAUAAACUAUAAGUUUAAAAACUUAAACAUUUAUUUUGAAAUAAAUAUCUUAAAAUCAUCGCAGAUGCUGUUUAAAUUGAA